UUUUUCACCCUUGUUUUCUGGUCACCCCUCGCUGGGAAAAGGGCAGGAAUACAAACCUCUUUGCGUCUGGGCGAAGCAGAUCUGGGCUCCGGCGCUGGAAGGAGGGGACCCCAGGAAGCAGCAGCUUUGUUUCAGUUCUUGCUUGCUGCUGAUGUCCCUGCCAAGCCCUACAUGGCCCCAGAGAGACACACCUCCCUGCAGUGGGACACUCGCCGGCCUCGCGCCCACCUCCUCUUCGGACAGUGACUCCGGCUGCGCCCUGGAAGAGUACCUGGAGCCCGCAGCAGACGCUGCCCCAGCAGAGGUAUCUUUGUGCUUUGACUCUCCCUCAGCGGACACGGUGCCUGCUGCCAUCAGGAGCCAGCUCCGCAUCAAAUCUCUCCUUCAGCAGCUGCCCCCGCAGGACUGCAAUGACAGAUACUGCCCCGGCCUUGGGGGGGAGGACAGGAGGCGACUGCAAGCAUUCAGCGCCCAUCGCAGGCAGGAGUCACUGGGGCAGGGAUUUGCAUGCCUUGUGCCCUCUGCCCGCCUUUGUGAAAAGUGCGGCAGGAGGUUGAACACAGGGGACCUGGGGGUUUUUGCAUCCAGGCUGGGAGACCGGUCCUGCUGGCAUCCCUCCUGCUUUGUCUGCCAGUCCUGCCACCAGCCUCUGGUUGACCUGAUCUACUUCCACCAGGAGGGGAAGAUCUACUGCGGCCGACACCACGCGGAGUUCUUCCGGCCACGCUGCGCCGCAUGCGAUCAGCUGAUCUUCACAGACGAGUGCACAGAGGCCGAGGGCAGGCGCUGGCACCCGGGGCACUUCUGCUGCCUGGAGUGCGACCUGCCUCUUGAGGGGCAGAGGUACGUCAUGAACGGCGGCAGACCCUGCUGCUGCAGCUGCUUCGAGCGCCUCUACGCAGAGCUCUGCCAGGCCUGCGGCGAGCUCAUCGGUGUCGACAGUGAGCAGGCCACUCACCAAGGCCAGCACUGGCACGCCCGGGCCUCUUGCUUCUGCUGCACCCUCUGCCAGGCACCGCUGCGAGGGCAGCCGGUCACGUCCCACCAAAGCCUCCUCUACUGCUCCGAGGCCUGCAGCUUGGAGAAGGCGGCAGUGACCUCCACAGCCUCCGACUCCUCUGACUCCGCCUUCGUCUCGGCUCCAUCUCCCGACUCGACACCCAUCUCCCGGGCCAGCAGCGAGGGCGGCAGGAGCGCCCCGGGGCCAGGGAGCGCCCCUCCGGCUCCAGCAAUGGGUGGCGAUUCCUGUCAACGGAGGGCAGAGGCGGAGGAGAUGGAGGACUCUCCAGAUCAAGCCUCCACGCGCCCCGCAUUCAGAAGCCAGGAUGGCCACGGGACAGCAUUCCAGGAGAGGAGUAAGGGAACUCCCUACCCCAGUGCCCUGGCACAAGCAGCUGCUGUUCCCCCGGGGCAGAAACAAUCCUCCACCACCCUGCCCAGUGAACAGGGUCUGAAUGGACCUGGGGCCUUGAGCGACCAGCUCCCAGGGAGCACACUUGCAGCGCUUCCCCCAGGCGGGGGAGCCCCGCACUUUAGAAUCAUUUCAUCCACCGACCCCAGUCCGGCAGCACGACAGAGCCCGGGCCCAUCACUCAAGGAUGCUAGCCCACUGGAUGUCAUGGAGGAAGAAGAUUCCUGGUGCCCGACCUGCUCUUCCUCCUCAGACUCGGAGCAGGAGGGCUUCUUCUUGGGGAAACCAAUCCCAAAGGCUGGGCCAGCCCUCCCCGACAGGGAACGGAGUGGGCUUGGCAGGGCCGCAGGAAGGAGCAAGCACUUGGCCAGGCUGCGAGGAAGCCGCAAACACUGCAGCAUUUCCUAGCACGGGGAAGGCUGGGCAAAGAGCAAGGGCUCCCCAGGCAGCAUGGAAAGGACAGAAGGGGUGGACAGCAGGAGGAAGAACUUGUUACUUAGCCAAGUGUAUUUAACCAGAGUCCCCCCAGCAGACAAGCCAGGGGACCAGAAGUAGCCUCAUGAUGAAGAACACAUACAUCAAGCCGGGGAGGGGAAGGCAGACAGCCCUCAGGGGGAGGCACAAGCAUCUCCUCUCUUACCUCACACCCAGACAUGGGAAAAAACAAACCAGCCAGCUCUGUUUGUUCUCCAGAGCCUGUUUCACUGUGAAAUGCGGGGGUGGGGGUGGGGGGAAGGGGUUGUUAACACAGCAACGGUGCCUGCAAUCCAAAUCUCUCCGUUGCCCCAUCGAAGGAUUUUGCAAGCACUGGAGAGCUCCAAGGGGCAGGACACAGGUGGCUCAGUUUGGCUGCUCUACCAAAGGGGAACUCUUGCUCUGAGGACCUCCCUGCUGAGAAUCCCGUUCAGACAGGUGCGCACAUUCGGGGGUGGCCUGGCCCCUUUGGCCAGCCCACCGGGACCUAUCGAAGAUGGACACCGGAUCCUUCAGCUCAGGGCCGGGUGUGGCUUUUUCCCCCACCGUGAAAGCUCUGAAGGAGGACGACUGGACUUUGGAGAGGGAAGGAGGGUUUUGAAAUCCUAGAACCAAACUGUAAGCAACAAAGCGCCGCCAGCCCAGGGGUGGUGAGGGGCAGACUAUGAAUGUGCCGGGGUAUUCGAGAGAUCAGUUCCUAAGCUUCACCAAAAAAUCUCAACAUGGACCUGAAAGGGGUUGGCGUGUGAAUAAGAGAAGCAGGUCUGAGUGGGACAUGUUCUGCCACCUGCCUGACUGCUGCCUGCAGGAGGAAGAAGGAAAGGGCCUCACUGCAUUACAGGGGGUCCAGUCGCUGCUCAAAGCCAAGCAAGGGGCUUUCCUUCCACUCAGGGUAUGUCUACACUACAGCUGCUGUAGAAGCAUAGCUAUGUAGUGCUUCCCACAAUCGCAGAAGGAAUUUUUUCCAUCCAAGCCGUUAAUGCACUUCCCUGAGAGAUGAUAGCUGCCUCAAUGGAAGAAUCCUUCCGUUGGCCUGCCUGCGUCUACACAGGGGGUCGGGUUGGCCUAAAUUUUAGGUGUGGACCAGAUCUAAGCCAUUGGCACGGAAUAUGCUGGUGGGAUAGAGCACAGCUUUUAAACAGGAGGGGGUGGGAGUGCUGCAGGGCCGACAUAAGGAGCCCAGAUACGGAAGAGCAGGGGAGUUUCAAGUCAGGAGUGAGAUGCAUCAGCAGAGCUGGGUGGGGAUCCAGGAUUGCAAUCACAGAGGAGCAGGGCAGCUAUGCUUCUGUAGAUCUGCCGUGGGACUGAGGAUUAUGCUGGCCUAGGGUCAUAUUUUUAGAAGAGUCCAGCUCCGAUUUAGGCAGAAAAUUAAGCGGACAGAGGAGCCCAGCACACUGGGUGCUGAGGGCUUGAAAAUAAUCCAGCCCUUAGCUCCUUUAAAAAUCCCACCUCCUGUAGCUACCUGCAUCACACCUUGCACCAAGCCGAGCCACCAGUUCCUCCUACAGGAGAAAUGCCCCAAACUGAAUGUUUCAAAACAAGCGUGUAACGGCCUGAACC